AUGGCCCUUGGACUAUUUGUCAUUGUCAUUCGAAGAUGGAAUUCAACAAAAUUGAUUCACGGUCCAUAUCAAUCCUAUAACCAACUUGCAGAAUACCUUCCCGAAGAAACAUUUAAUGAACGUAUGGCAGUUAUUCAAGAACUCACCCACAGAACGUAUCCGCAUUUGUGGCCGAAUACUUUACUGUUUGCCGGGUCAGUAGCACUAGUAGUAUUCGCUGCUGUGUUUGCCGUGGUUGCAAAUGCUAUUAGACUUUCAUUGUGGUAUCCGCUUCUUAUUCUUAUUGUCCCCGGGAUUAUGGGAUUUUGGUCCUCCCGUAGAAGAUCAAGACAUCCUGAAAGAGUUGAACAGUACCAUAAUGAACUUAAAGACUGCCUAAAGAUUAUGUCUUUUGAAGACUAUGGCCGACAGAUAAAGUGGGGAUUCCGGCGUUUGCGAGAAAGUGACAACAUACAGGAGUUGUGCCUUGGAACAUCACCCAAGACUUGGAACAUUGAUUUAGUAAUUGAGGUAAUUCAAAUCGACCCAGAAGCAACUGUGAAUCAGGAUAUUGGCGAAGCACUUCCCCUCUACGGUUUAGUUGCUCAGGAUGUUGUUCUGGAGAUUGGUCCUGCAAUGCAAGAAUAUGGCCCUGGUAGUGGACCCAUCGAUGCCUUACCGGACUAUCAUCCCGGCGAGACCCAUGUUUCUCUUCCCAACCAGAGACAACGCCAAGUAGAUGACAGCGAAGGACCAGACAAUGUCUUACCAAUGUCCAUAAUACCAUCCGAAGCACCACCAGACUAUAGUCACCAAAACCAGAAUCAUAAUAAUGAUAGCAAUAACAAUAGCAAUAGUAGUAGCAAUAGUAAUCACAAUAAUAAUUAUAAUCAUAAUCAUCGAGAAAACAAUAUCAGAAUGGAGGAAAUGGCUUCACGGGCAUCUUCAUAUGACAGUAGACAACCGCUACGAGCACAUACUACCAGAGAAAAUAGCGACAGAUCUGAAUGAAUAAUCCUACUGGGCCUUGACUUGGUUUGGCUUGGUUGUUUUGUUCAUUAUAAUGUAUCCCUUAUUUCUUAUCUCUAAUCUCUUCAUCCUUAUUACGUAUUCCUUAUUCUACACUUAAUAGCUUUAUCUUGUAUUUCUAUUUUCUUAAGCCCAAAAAACAAACAAACAAAACGCCAAAAAAUAGCAUUACCUUAUAGAGUACUUAUAACAUUACUCUUUGCUUCAAAAUCCCCUGUUGCUGGUUUUUAUUGCUAUAAUUGUAAACACUGUAUCAUAUCGUUUCUGCUCAGAAUAUUGUUAAAGAGAAUAACAAUAACUAAUUAAUUAAUAAUAAUAAUAUUAUACCUU